AUGACGGGACAGACCGAUGUGGAUAUACCCGAAACAGGAGCCCUCUUCACAUUUGGAAAGAGCAGCUUUGCAAACAACGUGCCCGGUAUAUUCUGGGUGAAGAAUGACCACCCAGUGCAUAUAUCCUGUGGCUCUGAGCAUACUGCUGUUAUCACAGGAAAUGGGAGGCUGCUCAUGUUUGGUGCUAAUACCUGGGGCCAACUCGGGCUGGGAUUCAAGCCAGCUGCCAGUAAACCUGCCUCUGUGAAAGCCUUAAAGUCUGAGAAGGUGAAGCUUGUAGCUUGUGGGAGAGAUCACACAAUUGUCUGCACAUGGCAGGGUAGUGUGUAUGGUGCUGGCAGAAACCAGGAGGGGCAGCUUGGUUUGGGCCACUGCAACAACACUACAUCCUUUCACCUGCUACAUCCCUUCUGUGACCAUGCACCAAUCAGCAUGCUUUCUGCAGGGUGCAACACCUCCGCUGCCUUAACAGAGGAUGGGAGGCUGUUCAUGUGGGGAGACAACUCUGUGGGUCAGAUUGGUUUAGGGGACGAGGGAUUUGCAGCAGAACCCAGAGAGGUGAAUGUUGGAGAAGCGGUGAUAUGGGUCUCCUGUGGGUACCACCACUCAGCAUUUGUUACAGUGGAUGGAGAUCUCUACACGUUUGGUGAGAGUGCAAAUGGUCGGCUUGGUCUCCAGGCAGAGCAGCUUGCCAACCACAGAGUCCCUCAGCGGGUGCAAGGGAUUCUGGGUCGUGUCACCCAGGUGUCCUGUGGAGGGGAGCACACUGUGGCACUUACAGAGGAGAACGUGUACACAUUUGGCAGGGGUCAGCACGGUCAGCUGGGCCAUGGGACAUUUCUGUUUGAAGUUGAUUUGCCAAAACCGCUGGAGCACUUUUCUAACAGCAGCAUCAGACACAUCGUCUGUGGAGAAAACCACACUGUUGUGAUAACAAACAGUGGGCUGCUCUACACGUUUGGUGAUGGUCGUCAUGGGAAACUGGGGUUAGGGGAGGAGAACUUCAUCAACCAGUUCAGCCCAACACUUAACACACGGUUUCUCAAGUACAAAGUUCAGUUAGUGUCCUGUGGAAGUAACCACAUGCUGGUCCUGGCUGAACCUAGACCACCAGAGAGCCCAGACGUGGUGCCAGAGAAGGAUAUCACAAUCAGUGACAACUUUUUGGAGUCAAGCCACACAGAAAUUCUCAACCUGUUCGACAGGUUGAUUGAUCCAACUGCACUUGUCCCACUCUCAGCCCUCGCUGCUCGAGCCCGGCACAGAGAAAAAGAAAGCUCUGUGGAGCUGUUUGGGGAGACGUUUCAGAACCUCCCACGUCUAAAUUCUGGCUUCCUCAACACCUCCUGGCAAAUGUCUAGAAAUAUCCUAACCCCCAAAACACUUUCAAAGGACAUUACUACCCCUUCAUCAUCUCCCAAACCCCUAUCAGAGAUAACACCAAGCCCACUGUUCUCACCCAGAUCUCUGUGCAAAUCCCCUCAGAGUCCAUUUUUGUCCUCCAAGCCAUCAAGCCCACAUUCUCAAUCAUCAGACAACUUUCAGAACAAAGCCUCCAGCAUUACCUCCUCUAAGUCUCAAUCCAAAGAGGUGCCCUUGUCUUUACUAUCGCCAAAAUCUAAAACUAAACAGCCCUGUAGCCCCACUAGACCCCCCACUUACUUUCUCAGUGAACAUCUCAGAGAGAACGAGCAUCCUGCCUCAGCAAAAACAGAGGGAGAAACUGUGCAGAGGCAGAUGAUCACCCAAGAUGUGGAGGAGAAAGAAGUCGACUCUGACUUUUUGCCAAAUAAGGAACAGAAAAAGGGCCGAGCUCUUAGAAGAGCUAAAGAAGAGGCCAAGGCAUUUGCCGAACAGCUCCAGUCUAACGGGAAGACAGACCAUAAUUCUCACAAGGCCUUACCCACAGAGUUCCUGAAAGGGUCUAGGUCCUCAAAGAAAGAAGUGUCUGCAUUGAAGGGCACAAAGAAAAACCCAAAGAUCACAUCCAAAGGAAAAGAGAACAUUACCAAGCAGUCCAUCAAAGGGAAGACACAACAGGUCAAAUCCACACCAGUCAAAGAUCAAAGUGAACAUACCCCAGUUAAAAGUAGAGGCAAAGGAAAAGGAGCAAACAUUGAGUUAAACACAGUUAAAAAAACGAGAGGUACACCUGCAGAUCAGCAGAAGUUACCUGAUGACAGUGAAAAAGUAAAGGACAAAAAGAAAGCAAAGGAAUCUAAACUGAAGGCAAAGACAAAGCCAGGGGGAGAAGAAGGAGAGAUCAAAGUUAAAGGUGAAGCUGAUGCAGACACUAAAGAUAACACAAAAGCCAAGUCGCGGAGUAAUAAGACUGAAUCUCCACAGCAGGAUACACCUAUUGAAGUGCUGUGUAACCCAAUUUCCUCACAAAGCCCUCAGAGAACAGAAGUUUCCGUAAGAGGUGCCAGAUCCCUGCAAGGCUCUGAACCUGCUGAUACGCAUCUGCUUGUUUCUCAGAGAGACAAAGAGGAAACUCAGAGCAUGACUGAGGAAGAACCAAGGUGGGGGGAAAUACUGAGUAACGCAGCCUCUAUUCUUCCCGCUGUUGGGAUGGCAGGUGCAGCUUUGGGGGUUCUUAGUGAGGCAGUGACAAGUGUACAGGGUUUCCAGUCAGACGGUGACACAACUACCUCUACACCAUCCAAAACAUCCAGUCGAGCGAAGCAAUUCAUGAAGCAGAGUGCGAUUAUGCAGCCUUCUUUCUCCUCGACAUUGUCACGUCUGUCUUCAACAGAAUCAUCAAAUCCAUUAGAAGAAAACUCAGAGAAAGAUGCUCAAGUCAGUGUCCUAUCAGAGUCUGAGAAUGCAGUUCAGGAAGAAGAAAGUAAUGACACCACUCAGUCAGAACAGGAGGCGGCAAAAAGUGACAUGUCUGAGCAGGUCGAGGAUGAGGACAUUUCACAAACAGAGGGGGCAAACAGCGGCACAGACAUGGAAAUUUCACAGAAAGAACAUGAAGAAGAGGAGGAUGAAGAUGAGAAAAGCUCCAAGGUCUCCAGUCAAGAUGUGGGAGAAGAAACAGAUACUGAAGAUGAGGAGAAGAAGGGAGGUGGAGAAGGAGAGAGUGGAAGCGAUGUGGAAGACAAAGAGGAUGAAGAGGAGAGUGUUUCUGCAGAGGGUGAGGAAGAGCGAGAUAAUGAAUCGGAGGAGGAAGAAGAAGAGGAAGAAGAAAGCAGUGAGGAGACAGGUGAAGGAGGGAGUGACUCUGAAGCAGCGGAGGAGGAGGAAGAGGGAAGUAAAAGUGAAGAGUCCAGUGAAGAAGAGAGUAAAGAGGAAGUGGAUGAAAGUGAGGCGAGUGAGGAUGAAGAGGAUAAAAGUGAGGCGAGUGAGGAUGAAGAGGAUGAAAGUGGUGAAGAGUCGGGGAGUGCAGCUAGCAGCAAGAGCGAAGAGUCGGAAAAGGAGGAGGAGGAUAGAGAGGGAAGUGACUCUGCAGAGUCUGCAAAAAGUGAAGAAGAGGAAGACAAAGAAGAAGAGGGUGAAACUGAGGAUCAAAAAGAUGAUCAAGAUUCUACUGAAAGUGAAGAGGAUGAGGAGAAAGACUCAGACGAAGAUGAAGAAACAAAUGAGAUUGAGGGAGAGGAAGAUGAUGAUGAGAAACAGGAUGAAGCAAGUGUUGAGAAUGAGGAAGAGGAAGACAAUGAGGCUGAUCAAGAGGAGGAAGAGCAAGAUGAAAAAAGCGACAAAGAAAAUAAGGAGGAGGAAGAGGGUGAGGAAGAGGAGAUGUUAAGUGAGGGGGAAAGUGAGAAAGAUACAGAGGCAAAGGAGGAUGAGGAUGAGGGGCAAGCUGAUGAAGACACUGCAGAGGAGGAAGAAAAUGAGGGUGAGGAGGAGAAUGAUGAGGAGGAGGAUGAGACGGUAGAGGAGGAAGAAAAUGAGGGUGAGGAGGAAGGUGAGGAGGAGGAGGAUGACACGGUAGAGGAGGAAGAAAAUGAGGGUGAGGAGGAAGAGGAGGAGGAGGAGGAGGAGACGGUAGAGGAAGAAGAAAAUGAGGGUGAGGAGGAGGAAGAUGAGAUCGCAGGGGAGGAAGAAAAUGAGGGUGAGGAGGAAGAAGAUGAGAUCGCAGAGGAGGAAGAAAAUGAGGGUGAGGAGGAGGAAGAUGAGAUCGCAGAGGAGGAAGAAAAUGAGGGUGAGGAGGAGGAGGGAAAAGAGGAGGUUACAGGGGUAGAAGAAGAAGAGGGUGAGGAAGAAGUUGCAGAGGAGGAACAAGGUGAGUUGGAAGCGAGUGGAGGUGAGGAGAAAAGUAUGGAAGCUAAUGAGAAGACCGUGGUAGAGACUGAAGAGGAGGAAGGGGAUGAGGAAGAAGAGGAGGAGGUGGGUGAGGAAGAGGAGGAUGAAACAAAGAUUAAACCGAAAACAGAGACAAGACUCAAAAAUCAGAGAGAGGAGAGAACACUGGAACAAACUCAAGAAAAGAAACGUCUUGAUUCUGAGGAAAAUGAAGAUGAGGGUGAGGAGGAGAGCAAUGAAGCGGGAGAGGAGGCGGGUGAGGAGGAAGAAGAGGAAGCAGAGGACGAUACAAAAGUGGAGGAGGAAGAGGAGGAAGAAGAAGAAGGAGCGGAGGAAGAGGAGGAAGGAGAGGAGGAGGAAGAAAAAGAAGGAGCGGAGGAAGAGGAGGAGGAAGAAGAAGAAGAGGGAGAUGAAGAGGAAGAAGAGGAAAAAGUAAAAUCAACAAAAACAAAGAAAGAGGACGCACAGAAACUUCCUCCUAAAGCUGCUCCCCCAGACAGAAAAGAGAGACAGCAGAGAGAAACACCCAAACCAGCACCGAGGACGAAGCAGAAAGCUGCAGGGGAGAAGAAACCAGAUGAAUCUCAGCAGUUCUGGAACAAUGUACUGCCACAGUAUCUGGACCUGCAAUGA